UUUUGGUGGAGGAGAGCGGAAGUGUUAGAACAUUCAUAUUAAAUAGGCCAAAGCUGUUGAAUGCACUUUCUUUUCAAAUGAUAUCUCGGCUUACAGAACUUUUCUAUGCCAGUGAAGAAGAUCCUAAUGUGAAGAUGAUAAUACUAAAGGUAACUGGAAAAUCGGUGCUAAUUUUCUCCUAAAGCAGUACACCUUGAACUAUGUGAUGGCAACGUAUAGCAAAACCUAGGUUUCCAUCCUUAAUGGAAUUGUCAUGGGAGGCGGAGCUGGUGCUUCUAUACAUGGUAGAUUUCGAGUUGCAACAGAAAAGUUGGUAUUUGCUAUGCCUGAAACAAAUUUGGGACACUUUCCUGACGUAGGAGCCUCUUACUUUUUAUCAAGACUUCCAGGAUUCUUUGGGGAAUAUGCUGGUCUUACUGGUUCUCGGUUGGAUGGAGCUGAAAUGCUUGCUUGUGGUCUUGCAACCCACUUUUUAUCUUCGGAUAAAUUGCCACUUUUAGAACAAGCACUACUUAAAGUCAAUACGAGUGAUCCAGAUGCUAUAUCUGCUAUCAUUAGUCACUUCUCCCACAUACCAAAGUUGAAAGAAGAAAGUCCUUAUCACAAGAUGAAGAUUAUUAAUCGAUGUUUCUCUCGAGGGACAAUUGAAGAAAUCAUAUCUACUCUUGAAAGUGAGGCUUUGGACAAGAAGGAUGACUGGAUCUCUUCAACUAUUCAAUCGCUGAAGAAAGCAUCCCCUACAAGUCUUAAAAUUUUCUUGAGAUCAAUAAGAGAAGGGAGGCUUCAAGGUGUUGGUAGUUGCCUUGUCCGUGAGUAUCGGAUAGCUUGUCAUGUGUUGAGGGGAGAAUUUAGCAAGGAUGUUGUUGAGGGAUACAGAGCCAUAUUCAUCGACAGGGAUAAAAAUCCUAAGUGGGAGCCCUCCAGACUGGAACUAAUUAGAGAUGAUGAUGUUGAUCGUUACUUCUCCAAGAUAGAUGAUGAAGAUUGGGAAGACCUAAAGCUGCCUCCAAGAUUAGAUUUACCUCGAUAUGCAAUUGCCAAGCUUUAA